AUGAUUGACAAAAUCCGAUUUAUCCUUUUGGCUUCGCUUGAAGACACCGAUGUGCGGGAGCGAGUGCUGAACUCGUCGAUGAGCAUCGUCAAGCGGCCUUCUUGUGACUAUGAUGCACUGUUCCAGGACUGGGAAACCGGAUUUCCCGAGAUAGACAUGGAUGAUGCGUGGUCAGGUUUCAUCAGCGGCGGUGCUGCUUGA